CUUCCUGGUGUACCCAGAUGGAGAUGUGUCACGGCCCCUGGUCCGGGAGCGGCUCUGGGUCAACAGUGAUUUCAACUUUGACAACGUCCUUUCAGCCAUGAUGGCCCUGUUCACUGUCUCCACCUUUGAAGGCUGGCCUGCACUGCUAUACAAGGCCAUCGAUGCAUAUGCAGAGGACCACGGCCCCAUCUAUAAUUAUCGUGUGGAAAUCUCAGUGUUCUUCAUUGUCUACAUCAUCAUCAUUGCGUUCUUCAUGAUGAACAUCUUCGUGGGCUUCGUCAUCAUCACCUUCCGUGCCCAGGGCGAGCAGGAGUAUCAAAACUGUGAGCUGGACAAGAACCAGCGUCAGUGUGUGGAAUAUGCCCUCAAGGCCCAGCCACUCCGUCGUUACAUCCCCAAGAACCCGCAUCAGUAUCGUGUAUGGGCCACUGUGAACUCUGCUGCCUUCGAGUACCUGAUGUUCCUGCUCAUCCUGCUCAACACAGUUGCCCUAGCCAUGCAGCACUAUGAGCAGACUGCUCCCUUCAACUAUGCCAUGGACAUCCUCAACAUGGUCUUCACUGGUCUCUUCACUAUUGAGAUGGUGCUCAAAAUCAUCGCCUUCAAGCCCAAGCAUUACUUUACUGACGCCUGGAACACGUUCGAUGCUCUUAUCGUGGUGGGCAGCGUAGUGGAUAUUGCCGUCACUGAAGUCAAUAGCUCUGAGGACAGCUCCCGCAUUUCCAUCACCUUCUUUCGCCUCUUCCGAGUCAUGCGGCUGGUCAAGCUUCUCAGUAAAGGUGAAGGGAUCCGCACAUUGCUCUGGACAUUCAUCAAGUCCUUCCAGGCCUUGCCAUAUGUGGCUCUUCUCAUCGCAAUGAUAUUCUUCAUCUAUGCCGUCAUUGGCAUGCAGAUGUUCGGCAAGGUGGCUCUUCAGGAUGGCACACAGAUAAACCGAAACAACAACUUCCAGACCUUUCCGCAGGCUGUGCUGCUUCUGUUCAGGUGUGCCACUGGUGAGGCAUGGCAGGAGAUAAUGCUUGCCAGCCUUCCCGGAAAUCGGUGUGAUCCUGAGUCUGACUUCGGCCCUGGUGAAGAGUUUACCUGUGGUAGCAAUUUUGCCAUCGCCUAUUUCAUCAGCUUCUUCAUGCUCUGUGCCUUCCUGAUCAUAAAUCUCUUUGUGGCUGUGAUCAUGGACAACUUUGAUUAUCUCACCAGAGAUUGGUCCAUCCUGGGCCCCCAUCACCUUGAUGAAUUCAAGAGGAUCUGGUCUGAAUAUGACCCUGGGGCCAAGGGCCACAUCAAACACUUGGAUGUGGUUGCCCUGCUGAGACGUAUCCAGCCCCCUCUGGGAUUCGGGAAGCUGUGCCCACACCGAGUAGCCUGCAAGAGACUUGUGGCAAUGAACAUGCCCCUCAACUCAGAUGGGACGGUGACAUUCAACGCCACACUCUUUGCCCUGGUCCGGACAUCCCUGAAGAUCAAGACAGAAGGGAACCUGGAGCAAGCCAACCAGGAGCUGCGGAUUGUCAUCAAAAAGAUCUGGAAGCGGAUGAAGCAGAAGCUGCUAGAUGAGGUCAUCCCCCCACCAGACGAGGAGGAGGUCACCGUGGGCAAAUUCUACGCCACAUUUCUGAUCCAGGACUAUUUCCGCAAAUUCAGGAGGAGGAAAGAAAAAGGGCUACUAGGCAACGAGGCCGCCCCUAGCACCUCCUCCGCCCUUCAGGCUGGUCUGCGGAGCCUGCAGGACUUGGGUCCUGAGAUGCGGCAGGCCCUCACCUGUGAGGAGGAGGAAGAAGAGGGGCAGGAGGGAGUGGAGGAGGAAGAUGAGAAGGACUUGGAAACUAACAAAGCCACGAUGGUCUCCCAGCCCCCAUCUCGCCGGGGCUCCAGGAUUUCUGUGUCUCUGCCUGUCGGGGACAGACUUCCAGAUUCACUCUCCCUUGGGCCCAGUGAUGAUGACAGGGGGACUCCCACCUCCAGUCAGCCCAGUGGGCCCCAGGCUGGAUCCAACACCCACAG